GCACACACGAGGCGCGGCCGGGCUCCGCACCGGAAGUGCCUCGCGGGCAGUAAAUAAUCCCUGGAAGGCGAGCAAGGAGCUGUCUCCAUCUUGUCGGCACCUUCCCCGGCGACGCGGUGGCCAUGGGGAGCGUGCUGGGGCUGUGCUCCAUGGCGAGCUGGAUCCCGUGCCUCUGUGGCAGCGCUCCCUGCCUGCUGUGCCGAUGCUGCCCCAGUGGGAACAACUCCACAGUGACCAGGCUGAUCUACGCACUCUUCCUGCUUGUCGGGGUGUGUGUGGCUUGUGUCAUGCUGAUACCAGGAAUGGAAGAGCAGCUGAAUAAGAUCCCUGGAUUCUGUGAGAAUGAGAAAGGUGUUGUUCCCUGCAGUAUCCUGGUCGGCUACAAAGCUGUGUAUCGCCUGAGCUUUGGCUUGGCCAUGUUCUACCUUCUCCUCUCUCUGCUCAUGAUCAAGGUGAAGAGCAGCAGCGACCCUAGAGCUGCCGUGCACAAUGGAUUUUGGUUCUUUAAAUUUGCUGCAGCACUUGCAAUUAUUAUUGGGGCAUUCUUCAUUCCAGAAGGAACAUUUACAACAGUGUGGUUCUACGUGGGCAUGGCCGGGGCCUUCUGCUUCAUCCUCAUCCAGCUGGUCCUGCUGAUUGACUUCGCGCAUUCAUGGAAUGAGUCGUGGGUGGAGAAGAUGGAGGGGGGGAACUCGAGGUGCUGGUAUGCAGCCUUGUUAUCAGCCACAGCUCUGAAUUACCUGCUGUCUUUAGUUGCCAUCGUCCUGUUCUUUGUCUACUACACUCAUCCGGCCAGUUGCCCAGAAAAUAAGGCGUUCAUCAGUGUCAACAUGCUCCUCUGCAUCGGUGCUUCUGUGAUGUCUAUACUGCCCAGAAUCCAGGAGUCACAACCAAGAUCUGGUUUGUUACAGUCUUCAGUAAUUACAGUCUACACGAUGUAUCUGACAUGGUCUGCAAUGACCAAUGAGCCAGAAACGAAUUGCAACCCAAGUCUUCUGAGCAUAAUUGGCUUCAACACCACGAGCACCAGCCCAAAGGAAGGGCAGUCUGUCCAGUGGUGGCACGCACAAGGGAUCAUAGGACUCAUCCUCUUUCUGUUGUGCGUCUUUUAUUCAAGCAUCCGCACCUCGAACAACAGUCAGGUUAACAAGCUGACUCUGACAAGCGAUGAGUCAACGCUGAUAGAAGAUGGGGGAGCCAGGAGCGAUGGGUCCCUAGAGGACAGCGACAGUGCUCACCGGGCUGUGGACAAUGAGCGGGAUGGCGUCACCUACAGCUACUCCUUCUUCCACUUCAUGCUCUUCCUGGCGUCACUGUACAUCAUGAUGACGCUGACCAACUGGUACAGGUACGAGCCUUCGCGGGAGAUGAAGAGCCAGUGGACAGCCGUGUGGGUGAAAAUCUCCUCCAGCUGGAUCGGCCUCGUGCUGUACGUGUGGACCCUGGUGGCGCCGCUCGUUCUCACAAAUCGUGACUUUGACUGACGGGGCUUCAGUUGUACUUUGGUCAUUGCUCAUUGGAAAUUAGCAGUAUUCCCAAGUUUUGUAAACUUGUAUGUAUGCGCUUCCCGUGUAACUUCUCCAGUGUCGUUCUGGCAUGAAUUAGAUUUUACUGCCUGCCAUUGUAUUCGUUGUUUUCUUGCCAGGUGCAUUAAUUGUGUGCAGUCUGAGCCCGCGGAGAGCGUGAUUGUGGUGGUGGGUCAGAAGGGACACGGGCGGGCGUGGCCUCUGCUCCGUACACGUGACGUUAGAAGUAAAUUCACAGUGAAAACAUCUGCCUGGUAGUUUGAUUUUAAAUCUGUUAGACUAUGAACUGUUAGCAUUUUUAAAAGUAAAUGUACAGCUGCCUUUUGAAAUAUCUGAUGUAUUGCCUUAUGGAAGACUGCACGGAAAUUAACAUGGUUUUGCUGAAAUUACAUGAACAGGUCACAUAAGUAAUUGUCUGGGAAAUGCAAGUUACUCACAUUUUCUCAGGACUUCCCUUAGUGUCAAGGUAGGGUGCUCACAUAGGUAGAGUGCUCAGUGGCCAGCAUGUGGGGGGUGAAGUUUGGGUGCAGAGCCUUCUAAGACAGGCAGAUUGUUGAGUGGGUAUGAGACUGACUGUCCAGCAAGAUUGUGGCCUGCCUUGGGUAGACCCAGUGACUCACCAGCCAAACAAACAUGCUAACCCACGCCGCGAGUGUAGGUGUAGUGGAGAUAUCAGGACUUCUGAAGGAUUCAGACCAGGUUUUUAAAAGGAUAAUCAUAGGUUAAAAAAGAGGUUGUUAAAACUUACUCUGCAAGUUAGCUUUGAAAGUCAAAAAGUGGUAAAAUUUUGACAGGGAGGGACAAAACUAAAACACUAGGCUUCCGUAGGUGCUUAAAUAAAAUUUAGUGCAGUUCUUUCAUUUACAAAUGAAGAAACUAAAGCACAGGCUUAAGUGGCUAAUUAGUGGCAAAGCUAGGAAAUUCUUAAGUCUACCAGAACUAGCAUUAAUCUCUGACAUUAAGAAAUAAUUUCUACUCUAAAUAACAUGCAGUUAGGAGUGGAUACUUCAUGUGACAUGUCUUGCUGCUGUCCAGCCUGCCUUCUGGCUGUGUGCUGAGGUUGGGAGAGUGCUGGCCUGGUGUGGAACACCCUGCUUAGGAGUACUUACUACACAGGUCAACAGGUGUUUAAAUGCUUUUGUAUUUACUGCCAUGUAAUUGAAAUACAUACGUGAUCAUAAUCUUUCAACCUAGAAAUCAAGCAGUAUAAAAGUUAAUUUAGAUAUAGAAACUUAGUUAUUUGUAUGUGUAAUUAGUGCCUGAUGAAGCCUUUAAAAAUUUACAUUUGCUUCUUUAAACAUAUUUAUUACUAUGUGGAAUACAACAGUUCACUUUAAUUCCCCAACCUUACUCUGUGUAUUAUGUUUCACAAUUUUGAAUGGUUGUGUUCUCUUAAUAAAUGAAUUCAGAAAAGUG